CAAUCCUCGUAUACAGUGUGAUCACCGCUAGGACUGAAGCCACCAGAUGGAUUUUCCGGAUUAUUUCCACUUGCAAUUAAGGUAGGGUUCCCUUUAGAUGAAAUCCCAUGAAUUGCGUCUAUUCGAUGAAACCCGGUUAGCGUUUCCAGCCUAUCAUCCUAGCCCAUCAUGCGAGGUAGUAAUAGGCCGCCUGGCACGUCAUGAACUUACUCGUGGAGUUGGGUAUAGCGUCUCCGCGGGCAUGCUGGUCCGUAUCUCCUUCUAUCUGCCCUUGCCGUUCCUUCCGACGUUCCGGAUAAUAUUUGCCGCCUGGAUGCAGUGGAUGCGGAAUCUAGAUACUGAUUAGCAGAAACAAAGGCCGGCGCGCAAAGACUUGAUUAUAC